CCGUCCCGUUCGAAAGUGAUUACUUUGCAAGAUGCAAUGAAUUUGCUGGCCUCGGGUUUUCUCAAAGGCCCUGGAGGAUUUCUCAAAGGCACUAGUGCGAGCGAUAUGAUCAAAGGUACAAAUUCGGUCAAUCGAGAGGUGCGCAUCGGAGUCACCUAUACUCCGGAAGAGUCGAUUGGUCCAUGCAGUCAAACGAAUAUAUACAUAUCCCUGGCUAUUGCCGCUUCGGAAGUUCAAGCAUCUGUGAUACCCACAACAAGCUUGCGUAGACCAUAUGAAAACCAGUCUGAUCAGCUCCCCGGUGGUCAAGCCUACAUCGAAUUCUUCACCAUCCUCGGGCCACAGUGCUUUGAAGCCAAUCUGGCAUCAAUUAUCGCUCACUGCACCGGUCUACUGGCUAAUGCGCGUGCCAUUCCCACUCAUGCGGAAGCAAUUAACGCGCGGAAUUGUGUCGGUUUCAUCCUCGGCACAUUGUAUCGUCGUCUUUUAUCCGAACCGGUUCAGUUGGUCGCAGCUCGGGAACUAGCCUCUCUGUUACGGCAGCGGUUGCAAGUCGCGCAGGGUUUGGACGAGUCUAGUGGCCCCGGUGGAAUUAGUGUCAGUUCCGAUGUGAGCGGGUUGGGCGAUUCAAAUUUAGACGGACCGGAUUAUAUGACAGAUAGCGCACAAGGUGAAGAUAUGAGUGAAUCAGUUAGCUCGGGAUCAGUUGCGGAUCAAACCAGUAGUCGAGGCAUGACAGACGCUGACUCGGGCCUUGGAAGACGUGGUUUUGGGCGUACUGGUAGUCGAACGCAACGCCAGCAACAGCAGCAACAACAUGUGAUGAUCUCCAUCAUGGAUCAGCUGACACAACUAUUGCAUUGGUUGGAUUCUCUUUCCGGUCAACUUGUGGAGUCGCCGGUUCAAUUACCCGAUUUGUUGUGCAGUGCUCUGAGUCACAGCAGUGCCCCAGUUCGUUUGGCUGCCGCAAAUUGUUUGCGACAAUUGACCAUCGUGUUACCGAGUCAGCGUACCGUCCUACUGGAUCGAUGCAUAGCCUCGCUUCAACAAGCUCAACGCAACAAUUCAGAAGCUAUCCUGGGCUACAGCAAUGCUAUUGCGGGGAUAUUGGCCGGAGCUAGUGUGAGCCCCUUGGGCAUUCCAGCUAAUCGACUACGACAAGUGUUCACUCUAUCCGACGAACUGUUACGUGCUGCAAAUCAGAACAGUCGCCUCACACUGCCUCGAACACAGGCUGGAUGGACCUUGCUGGCCGCUUGUAUGACCUUGGGACCGGAUUUGGUCAAACCACAUUUGCCCAAAAUGUUACUGUUCUGGCGCAAUGCGUUUCCCCGAAGUGCUCGGGAGUUGGAAGCUGAAAAACAACGUGGAGACGCAUUUACAUGGCAGCUUGUCGAGGGUGAACACGAUGAGAGUUCAUAUAGCACACUUCUUCGCGAAUUGGUUGCUGAAUUCACCCUGACAGACAAUGCGGCGAAUACGACCACAUCAUUGCUUCGUUGGUUAUGUCGUACAGAUGACAGUGUCACAUUGGGCUGCUGGGUGCAUGAUACCGAUCAUAAAUUGUUGGAAGAACAGCUCCAACCGAACGGAGGAAGCACUCCGGGUGCACUAGAACAUGACCCCGCAUAUCUGUUUCUUCGGGAUGGUCUGAUCUGGGCUACGACCCCAGUAACCGGAUCGUUGGAUACAUAUAACGGUGAUGUGGACUCCAAUGCAACUUUGUGCCACUCUCCGUCGCUAACUUCCUCGGGUUGUGAUGGUUCCUCAUUCCUAAAAUCACCACUCUACGGACCUAGCGGUUCUUAUACAAGCAUUGCUGGUGCGGCAGCCGCUGCUUCUGUGAGCACCUGUGCAAUCAAUCUCUACGGUCCUCCACCGAUCAGCGUAGCCGUUAUCGAUUCCGCAGUUGAACUUUUUGGACGCAUCUUCCCUUGUGUGCCUGUGCGGCACCGGGCCCAAAUGAUGGAACAUUUUGCCGAAUGCAUACGACUGACCAAAUCUACUCGACAGGAAGCGGUUCAGAUCAAUGUAUUCACUGCGCUGCUCGGUGCUAUGCGACGCCUGGCCGAGACCAAAGCGGCAUUUGGUGAUGAUGCGGAACUGCGAAAAUCUACCGCAAAUUUGAUUCUGGUAUGUAGAGAUGUGNAGAGAUGUGUUUGUGAGCCGCAAGACUCAAGUGUGCCUGAGGUUCAAGUUUGGGCACUUCAUGCAUUGGCCCUAGUUGCGGAUUCCGGUGGACCAAUGUUCCGGGAAUAUGUGGAACCCAGUCUGAAUUUGGUUCUACAACUACUUCUUCGGUCCCCGGCAACUAUGAAUGAGAUUCAGCGCAGUUUGGGUCGGCUUUUGGCUGCAUUGAUCACUACUUUGGGGCCGGAACUUCAAGGUUCGAUUUAA